UGUCCCACACAGGUAUAAAUACCCCAUGUACAACCGAAGAAGGAGAUUUAGAAGACUAUCUGCCCACACACACACCAAGGUAAGUGCGACAACACAAACUUGAAUUACAUCCACACUUUAUGGAUAUUUCACUAUACACACACACACACACACACACAAAAAAAAAAAAAAAACACACACACACACAUACAGUACUGUGCAAAAGUUUUAGGCACAUGCAAAGAACUGCUGUAAAGCAAAUAUGCCUUCAAAAUAAUGAAAUGAAAUGUUUCUUUAAAAAAAAAAAAAAAACUGUAAGGAGCACUAAACAGAGGUAAAUGAGACAAACUCAAUAUUUGGUGUGACAAAAAAUUUAAAACAGUAGUCUCUGGUACAAUUUGUGAAGAUUUCUAAGGAAAUGAGCCGGUAAUUUUCUAUCGAGCAUCUUCUCUUGCAGAACCAGCCACGGAUCUUCUGGAGAAUUUUAUUUAUUUAUUUAUUUUGGUCUGAAAAGUGUCUUAUGUAAUACGCUGCUUUCCUUAAUGACAUACAAACAUUUUUAUGUAACAUUUAAUUUUGUGUUAGAAAACUAAUGUUUGCGAAUCUAAAAUGUUUUUUAUACUGACUCGAUAAACGUAGAAGUCAUAAAAUAAAAAAUCUAUAACAGUUUUAUAGAUUUUUUUAAUCGCGUGUCUAAAGCUUUUGCACACUACGGUACAAAUUAUACACUGACUUUUAUGGGUAGCAGAUUUAUUUAUUUAUUUUUUCAGUUUGCCCAGAUUAACUAGUUGGUGUAAUGCAGAUGUAAUGCAGACGUGUGCUUCAGUGAACCACUGUGCUGUAUCCUUAAAACAACACAUGAGCACACUUUAAGCGCUAUAAACACAAUCCUGUUCAGCUUUAUGUGACGAAUAGUGCCAUGAACGUACUUUCUGAACUGCUCAACUCACUUGUCUUCUCUUUCCAGUAAAAACUGCCCCAAGUCAGUUCCCGUUCUCUUACUCGUGACAUCACCAGAGUUGUUCAAUCAAAUCUGAGUGCAGAAAAGGCCUCUGUUAUUCAUAGGUGAAAAUGUCAUUUCAAGUUAUUUCCAACUUAAACUAUACACGGAUAAAACAGAACAGUCGUGCGUCGUGACUAAAGGGCCGCGUCCUACACAACGGUACGGUAUUGGUAUCGAACGAUCUAGAUAAGAAGAACCAAAAGAGUGACCUCAAGACAAUAAGUAAACUUCUUAACCAUCUUAAUCAUUUCACCAUAAAUAUUUUAUUUUGAUGAACCUCCUACAUUCGGGGGUGUUCCUCCGUUACUGUUAAAUCUUAAUGAAUAUAUGUAGUUUUAAUAAUUAGUUCAUAUCACGUAUAAUGAGGUUGUGGCUCUCAUGUUACGCUGCAGUGGUCUGAAUGUGUCAGCAACAAACGCUCACUUUUUUAGUGGCUCGGUCAUGGAGAGGGGGAAGAAGUGAGUAUGUCGACGGAGGCAGGGCACACACACACACACACACACACACACACACAGUCUCUCUCUCUCUCUCUACACACUCACACUUUCUCUUCUGUUCUAUUCCGUAGUCUCUUCUUUUGUUCUCUGUUGUCGUGCUGAAAUGCAGAUGCUGACAAGAUUGUGUUGUUAACAUGCGAAAAUAAAGAUUCUGAAAAUGUUUGUUUUUUGAUGUGUGUGUGUGUGUGUGUGAGAGAGAGAGAGAGAGAGAGAGAGAGAGAGAGAGAGAGAUUUUUUGUUGGAAAUGACUGGAUGUGUGUUAUUGUACCCAUCACAGGACUGGGAUACGCUGCUUCAUCUUGAACCCACAACAGGAGAGGAACUGGACCUACAACGAAUCCAGCUAUGUUGCAGGCACUUCUGAUUUGGGCCGUGUUUGCCACAAAUCUCCCUCCUCCAACCAGCCAGAGUUGCUUCAAGGCAAAGGAAACUCAGUGUCGCAAUGUGGACUUUGCUCCGGGAUCCGACCUAGCAGGAGAAGGCUUUGACAUCACCACCAUGCAACGGAAAGGGGCCUUUGUCCUUGACAUGAGCUCCUGGCUCCAGAAGGACAAGUCCUGCACUCUGUGUAAAAACCCCUACAUGGGAGGUAAAACACAGAAGCUCCCGGUUUCUGUGGUGGACUGGAGACCGAGUCAGAAGUGCAGCAUGAAAGUUUCUGGCUCUGUCUACCAGUCCAGCGAGGCCCUGGUCAGCGCCAGCACCUCCUCUAUCGAGAACAACUGGAAGUCAGGCUUGGAAAUAACCAUUCCCAGUGUCCAGGGAUCACUGAUGCUAGCAGGCAGUAACUCCAAGCUGGCUCAAUAUUCAAUGGAUAAAACUAAAAAAGACAAGUUCAGCUUCACCAACCAUGAUGUCUCAUGUGGAUACUACAGUUACAGGGUUUCCAGCCGUCCACUCCUGCACCCAGAGCUAACGCAUGAAUUCAGAAGCCUCCCUGCAGCAUAUGAUAGCCAUACAAAGCACCUCUAUUACAAGCUGAUUGACAAGUUUGGUACUCAUUACAUCACAAAGGUGACUCUGGGUGGAGAGGUUCGCUCUGUGACCAGCAUCAAGGAGUGCGAGGCGUCCCUGCAGGGUCUGAGCGUGGAUGACGUGAAGAUGUGUCUGGACGUGGAGGCUGCUGUCAGUAUGGGAACAGCUGCAAAUCUGCAGACUGAAUCUCAUCACUGCAAGCAGAUCAAGGACAAGACUCUGAAUAAAAAGAGUUUUGCUAGCAGCUUCAGUGACAGGGAAACUAACAUUAUUGGUGGACAUACUCAAAAUGUGGACCUUCUAUUCUCGUCAAAUAACGAUCCAAAGGCCUAUAAGGAGUGGGUCUCAUCUCUGCCCACUCACCCUGAUGUGCUUUCCUACUCGCUUGAGCCCCUUCACGAGUUGCUGCCGACUAAGAAGCUGAACCGAGAGCAUCUGCGUAACGCCAUCAAGGACUACAUCCUCCAGAGAGGCCUGUGGAAAAAUUGCACGAGCCAAUGCAAAACCGGAGUGAAGACUGAUCCUAAGGAGCCGUGCACCUGCAGCUGCCACAACAACCCGGGUGUGGCCCUCAACUGCUGCCCAACUCAGAGAGGAUUUGCUCAGAUCACUGUAACUGUGAUUAAAGCCACAGGUUUAUGGGGAGAUUACUUCAAACAGACAGAUGGCUAUGUCAAGCUCCUCCGAAAUGGUAAGAACUUCCUCGACCAGACCUCCGUGAUCUGGAACCAAAACAGUCCAACAUGGAACUGGGAUUUCAAUCUAGGAACUGAGGACCUGACUCAGUUCAGCAGUGUGAAGUUGGAGGUGUGGGACAGGGACAGUGGCUGGGAUGACGACCUUCUCGGGGCAUGCGCUGUUAAAUUGAAAUCUGGAGUGGAAGAGAACUUCUGUGGCCUCAAUCAUGGAACGCUGUACUAUAAAGUGCAGGUGAAAUGCGUUCCCGGUUUGUCUGGUACUUCGUGCUUGGAGUAUAAGCCCUCUCCCAUGGAAGCAGAGCUGCAGAAAGUGUACGUCUCCCGGCACGCUCGCCUGAUUCCCAGAGGCAUGCUGCUGCAGAUGGGGGUGCUCCUCGAUGAGCGUCUUCCCCGCUUCAACCAGAGCAACAUUCGCAAAGCUACAGGUUUUGAAUUGUAGUCCAAUUGUGUAGUUUGUGAACCUAUCGCAAAUUCAUGCCAGCUAUUAAAAUAUUUCAAGUAGAAUAAAUGCACAUUGGAUUGGCACAUUAUAACUAAAUCUUUCCUGCUCAUUUCUGCUGCCUUUUGCCCUUUUUAAAAGCUUAAUAAAAAUGCUCAUGAAACAACCCUUUUGAUGAA